ACUCACACAGGGAAGGAAGCAGUCUAAAAACACCAGAUUUUAGAAAUUUCCCAACCGACAGAUUAAUGCAAGACACAAGGACAUUGCAAAAAGCAACUAAGACAAGCAAGAAGGGACAUUACUAGUUUGGUGAAAUAUGUCUUUGAUUUGGCUCCUGCUGUAUGCAUGCAUCCAUGACAUUUCUGGUAUGAUCAUUUUCGGAGACAUGGCUGAUCAGGACAGCACCUUGAGUGUAAGCAUCCCUGUGGAACAGCCACUGCGUCCCAUAUUGGGGGGAAGCAUGGUCAUACCUUGCUACUUUCAGGACAACACUGUCCAGGACCCAGGCGCCCCAACCACUGCCCCACUGUCCCACCGUAUUAAGUGGAGCUACAUCUACAAGGGCAGUAUAUCUCUUAUUCUCGUUGCCAGUGGGGGCAUGGUGCAGGUUGAGACAGACUACAUGGACCGGGUUCAUAUGGUAAACUAUCCCAUGGUGCCAAUAGACGGUACCAUUGAGAUCUCAGAACUCCACUCCAGUGACUCUGGCACCUACCGCUGUGAGGUCAUGCAGGGGAUUGAAGAUAACUAUGAUUCUGUAGAAAUGCAAGUUCAAGGCAUUGUAUUUCACUACCGAGCAAUAUCUACCCGAUAUACCUUGACAUUUGAGAUGGCAAAGGCAGCCUGCUUCCAGAACAGUGCUGUUAUUGCAACUCCCGCACAGUUGCAAGCUGCCUAUGAUGAUGGAUACCAUCAAUGUGAUGCUGGUUGGCUUUCAGACCAAACUGUGAGGUAUCCUAUUCAUGAGCCAAGGGAGCCCUGCUAUGGAGACAAAGAAAAUUUCCCAGGGGUACGAACAUAUGGAGUCAGAGACAUCAAUGAGACCUAUGACGUGUAUUGUUUUGCAGAGAAAAUGUCAGGCGGUGUGUUCUACUCUAUGUCUGUGGAGAAGUUCACCUUUGCAGAAGCUGAAGACCAGUGUGCAAAGUUGGGAGCCCAAUUGGCCACCACAGGGCAACUCUACCUAGCAUGGAAGGCUGGCCUGGAUGUGUGCAAUGCUGGCUGGCUAGCAGACAGGAGUGUGCGGUACCCCAUUAACAUAGCUCGACCCCAGUGUGGUGGGGGGCUUUUGGGAAUGCGAACAGUUUACUUGUUUCCUAAUCAGACUGGCUAUCCAUACCCAGACUCCCACUAUGAUGCGAUCUGUUAUGUAGAAAAAGAAGAUAAGGUUUCAACAAAGACCUCACCAUUUCCUGAAUUAGACACUACAACGGAUUCCAUGUUCAGUGUGGCUACAGUCACCUCAAGCCCUUCAGACUAUACUGAAGAGAUGACCACAGAAGGGGAGGUCCGUGGCCAGCUAGUGACAGAUGAGCCUCUUAACACCACAAGCAUAGAAAGUCCUCUACCUCUACCUCCCAACAUAACUGAGGUUGAGGAGGACAUCAUCAAUGUGGCCACAGCUUUGCCUUACCUGGGAUAUGAGAUUCCCAUGGACAAUGUCACUGCUGAAACUAAGGGAGUGGUAUUCCACUAUCGCACUAACUCCAGACGCUAUGCUUACACCUUUGAGGAAGCACAAGUGGCAUGUCAGAAGUUGGGAGCAAUCAUAGCCACCCCUGAGCUUCUUCAGGCUGCUUAUGAAGCUGGCCUUCAUCAAUGCAGUGCAGGUUGGCUACAUGACCAGUCUGUCAGGUAUCCAGUUGUGCAUCCACAAAAGAACUGCUCUGGAGACCAGGAGGAUCUUCCUGGCAUUCGCUCUUACAAUGUUAGGCCUGCACAUGAGCGGUACGAUGUGUACUGUUACAUGGACCAGAUAAAGGGGGAGAUCUUCCAUGUGAGUUCAUUAGCAGGCUUCACCUAUUAUGAAGCUGUUGACCAUUGCAGAAAACUGGGUUCUACACUUGCCUCAACUGGAGAACUCUACGCCGCAUGGAAUCAGGGUUUCCAGAAGUGCAGUCCCGGCUGGCUCUCUGAUCGCAGUGUCCGCUAUCCUGUCCACAACCCAGGCUUUGGUUGUGGUGGAAACAAGUCAGGAGUGCACACUAUUUAUGCACAACCAAAUCAAACAGGCUUCCCGAACCCAUACUCCAGAUAUGAUGCAUAUUGCAUCAAAGCAAAUCUGUCUAUGCUGCUUGAUGAAGAAAUGUUGAAUGCUACAAGGAUGGGGAUGGAUCUUAACAUGACGGACAUAACAGAGCUGCUUAGACCUGUUCAUCCAAUUGUCCCUCCCUUGUUUGUGGACCUGUCUGGAUCUGGAUCAGGCUCAGGCUCAGUAUCAGGUGAUCCUGAUUCCAGUUCCGGGUACAUGUCAGGGAGUGGCAUACCCAGUGGAAGCAUAUCCGGUUCUGGCCAAAGUGGUGAUGGAUCAGGUCACCUUGUGAGGUACCAAGAAGGUGCAGAUACAAUCAUGUGGCAGACUUCUGCCUCCGGCAGUGCUUUGGAGGUAAGAGAAGGUAGUGGCAGUGGCAGUGGUGUUAUCAUUACUUCAGGAAUAGAAUCAGGGGACCAAGAAUCUGGAGAGGAGUCUGGACUCUUUCAUGAACAAAGUGGAGCUAGUGGCCUUCCAUCGGGACUUGGCAGUGGAAUUAGUGGUUCAGGAACAAGUGGAUUCUUCAGUGGUGUGGAAUCGAGUGGAUCAGGCUUCUUUGGUGUGUCAUUUAUAAACACAGAAAUUAUUGAUCUGACUGCAAGACCUUCUGGAGAACAGGAAUUGUCUGGUGUUUCUCCAUUUGACUUGACUGAUGUUAGUGGUUUCAGCUCUGCUCCUGGAUCUGGAUCUGGCUCUGCCUCUGGAUUUGGAUCUGGAACCAUCAUUGACUUUGGAUCUGGCUCUGCCAUUGGCUUUGGAUCUGGCUCUGCUUCUGGAGCUUCAGUUUAUCCCAGUCAUCCCUCAGGUGAGGUAUCUGGCCACAUUCAGAGUCAAGAUGUAAAGAUUAUCAUUCUAACGGACGAUGAGGUCGAGUUGACAUUUAGGCCUACAAUCGGAACAGAACAGGGUCGUGGAUCAGUGGAGAUCAGUGGAGAGGGCAGUAGUCAAGAACAUUAUGCUGAGGACCUCUCCAUAUCUCUUUCUAAUAGUACUUUAUAUAAAGAUUAUUGGAGUGCCAAUGAAACCGUUGAUCUCAUACCAGAAAGAUAUGAGCAACUUAAUGUCAUCACAGAGGCAUUUGAUGUGACUGAUCAGUCACCACUGAACACAACACCACCCACCACCUCUAUACUCACUACUUCUUCAGCUUCACUACAGACACCAAAAGCUAUGGAGGAGCCAUCUGUUACUGAUGCUUCUGCUAACCCCUGUGAUCCAAACCCCUGUGGUCAAGGUUUAUGCUCUCUACAAGAUGGCAUUACAGUAUGUCAGUGUCAUUCAGGAUUCAGCGGGGAAAACUGCUCAACACCGGUACAGGGAUGUGCUGAGGGGUGGAUGGAGUUCAUGGGCAGCUGUUAUAUCCAUUUUGAUGAGCGUGAGACCUGGACCAGUGCUGAGCAGCACUGUCAAGAGCUAAACUCUCACCUGGUUAGCAUAUCCUCCCAAGAAGAACAAGAGUUUGUAAAAACUCAAGUUCACGACUAUCAGUGGAUUGGACUAAAUGACAAGGAUGUGCAAAAUCAGUUUCGUUGGACAGACGGAAGCCCUUUGGAAUAUGAAAACUGGAGACCCAAUCAGCCAGACAAUUACUUCAGCACAGGAGAAGACUGUGUUGUAAUGAUAUGGCAUGAGGAUGGCCAGUGGAAUGAUGUACCCUGCAACUAUCAUCUUCCUUUUACUUGCAAGAGUGGACCUGUCACAUGUUCAUCACCUCCUGAAGUGAAGAAUGCCAGAAUGUUAGGCAACAGCAAAGAUCGCUACCCUGUUAAUUCCAUCAUUCGAUACCAGUGUGACAGUGGAUUCAUACAGCGCCACCUUUCAGUGGUGCAUUGCUUACCUGACGGUCAGUGGCAGGAGCCUAAAGUGGAAUGUACAGGAGGCAAAACAAUCGACAAGCUCCGGAAAAGAUCCCUCAAGACACAUCCUAAAGCAGUCAAUAGUCAGACGUGGACGAAGGUCCUCUAAACAAGACAAAAAACACACCUCAAAACAUCCAG